AAAAAAUUGAAGAAAUUUACUUACUGGACAGUAAUUGUAUCGCAUUUUGUUGUUAAGACAUGCAAUCCAACACUUUUCAACAUGAAGUCCACACAAUCUUCCGCUGUGUUUACAUCUAAGCGUUCUGAUUUUAGUUCUACUUGUCCGUAUAUCUAUAUCACUUUGGGCCAAUUCAUUGUUUUUUAUAUUUUAAUACAUAGACGGAACACCACAUAGCAUAACAAACUGCUCAUCUCCAGAGAAAAUAUUGCCUAUCCCUUAGGAAGACGUCGGGGUCAUUUGCGCCCUUGACCCUUUUUAUUUUUUGACCCACGGCGUCUUUUCUGUAAUUGUAUAAUUGUGUCCAUUCUUAUAACAAACAAUUACUAAACGGCAAAGGGUCCAGCGACGCAUUCUUCAAGUUUGAUCUGUCUUAGCUUUUGUUGCUUGUUGAAGGCUUAUAUUUAUCCUCACGUUAUUGUCAGGAAAAAGAAACGAAUUGCCAUUUUUUUUCCUGUCUUUCUCUGUUUUACGAAUUCAAAACGCCUAAGGAAUUGUUUGGAACAGCUGAAUCCAAACUUAGCUCAUGACUGUCGAAGCACCCGAUUCUUACAAAAAUCUUCUUGCUUGGUUGGAAAAAAACCGUGCUUUUAUUCAUGAUGAUUUGUACAUCGACUCAAGUCUGAUUAGAGGCGAUGGAGUUUUCGCUCGAACGGCAAUUGGUGCGCAAACUCCUUUAGCAAGUAUUCCAAAAAACAUAAUUCUUAGCGUCUACAAUUCGCCUUAUCGAGAACUCAUAGCUACAAUGGGUGAACGCUCUACAAAAACAGACACAUCAACUAUUGACACCGAUUGUAGUAGCAGUCCUUUUGAUGCUCUCGCUCUUGUCCGACUAACAGUAGCGCUUUUACUCGAAAAAUACAACGAAAGGAGUUUCUGGCGUCCUUUUGUUGAUUCUUUACUCAAUGCGGAAACACCAGAUUUGCCUAUCUACUGGCCGCCCGAAACACUUGAACAAUUAGAAGGAACAUGUGUCCAUUCGCUCGUUGUCAACUGCUCAAAACUGACGGCUUUUCAGUUUAUUUCAGUUGUUCAACCAUUUUUUGAAACUGUCUUGGUACCCAAAGGCUUACCUUGUCCCUCUUGGUCUGAAUAUUUGCAUGCAUUUGUUCUUGUUCAAACUCGAUGUUUCUUCAUCGACUCUACACAUCAACUGGCUCUCGUUCCUUUUUGUGACAUUUUGAACCACCGUUCUGGCACCGAAUGUGCAACUUUGUGGGUACCCGAAGAAAAGGAUAUGCAUGAUUCUUGGGAUCAUUUUGAUCCAGACAAUGAUACUUGCGAUAUAAUUUUGCAGCGAAGCGUCAACCCCGGUGAUGAAGUGUUUAAUUCUUAUGGACAAUACACUGCAGAUGAGCUUUUUGCACACUAUGGCUUUGUUGACGUUCCUCAUGCUCUCUGGCGCAUUGACUUUUAUUCAGUAUUACUGAAGUUCAACAAACGGACCUUUCGCAAAUGGUUAAUGCUUCCUUCAAGUGCGCGAUUUGACUGUUCUACAUUUCGUUUCGAUCAUUCCCUAAGCAUUAGUGAAGAAUCGGCUGUCACAGACUCCCUACCGGCUUUGUAUAAAAGUGGUCCUAAUCCUAUGUUAUGGUCUUACUUGUUUUACCAUCACAUUACUGAUUACCAGCGUAAACAAUCAAAAGCAAACCCACCGGCUUCACCUGUCGAUGUUCAAAAGCUUACUGAGCAAUGUUGGCGUAUUUGUCAUGAUCUUUCACAGGGCAAACAUCCAUGCUCAGCAUCAGUCAUCGUUUCUCAACUAGUUUUCCGCUGUCUGAAGACGCUUGUAACGCUUUGCAAUACAAGAAAACGUUUCUACAAGAAUGGGAAUAUGAGUGCCGCUGAGUACGAAAAACUAAUCGUCUGUAUGGACCGAAAAAAUGAUUCUCGUGCAUUCUUUGUAUGCACAAUAAUCUCUCAAGAGCUUCGUGUUCUGGAGGAGAACAUUACUGCAUGUGAGAGGUAUAUGAAAAUAGUAUCUCAGUGUUUAAAAAACACAAACAGUGAUUAAAUGUUCACUUUGUGUACAGAAGGAGCCAUUGCUUGCUUCUGUAUUUGACUCUUUCGUAAUGAUUUUGAUGUAUUGCACGACUACUAUGGUGUGAAGCACUGUUUUUCUAGCACCAUCUUCAAGGUUGGAUUUAGCAUCGCUGACAAUGACGGUCUGAUAUUAUGGCAUUGCUAAAUUUCUUGUUCUUCUCUUUCUCUUUUUAACGUUCUUUCUUAAAUACUAUUCUCUUUGUGACUUACUAAGCGUGUUUCUUGAUGGCUUAUUUCUCAAGUUAUUCAAUAUCCGCCUUUAAGUUUUUUCUUCAUAGCUUUCAAAAUAUUCAGCUCUAGCAUUCGUUUUACUUUCGUUCAACUAGUGUAUAGCCUAUUAAGCAGUAGUUACGCUAGCCAUCCUCGUUCUUUCCAAUAAGCGAUUCCCGCCAUCUUAACCCGC